AUGUGUGAGACGGAAUAUACCACUGCAAUUCAUCACAUUGAACUUAUUGAAGCGAUACAACACAAACAACUUCUCGAGACAGAAACACAACGUUCCAAAAAGCGAUUGUUAACGGCCUCAGAAAAUCUUGCCGAGACAAACCGCGCGCUCGAGGUGUUACGUCUGACUUCUGAAUUUUUAGCGACGAUCGAACAAACUGAAAGUGUUGUUAAAAAGGAUUUGGCAGAUUGGAGUAAACAACUAGAAAUAGCUGAGAACCAAGACAGAGAAGCAGAAUACUUCGAACGACAGAACAAAACACUGGAGGAACAAAUCCAACAAAAAGCAGAAAAUUACUGUGAAACUAUUAACAACUUUAACAAACAAAUUUGUGAAAACAAGGAGGAUAGAAUCGCAUUGGCAAAAUCAUUGGAAUUAGCAGCAAGAGAAAUUCCUCAAGUCGUAGAAAAUGCAGAAUUGUCCGAGGGGGACGAGGAAGAGAUUCAAUUCCAAGUCAACCAAAUGUGUGGGGACCAAGUUGAAGUGUUGACAAAUAAAAUUGUUGAGUUAACAAAAGUAGAAGACCCCCCACAAAGUCAAUCACCAAACGUCAAUCUUCCACAAAACGAUGUUAACGAAGAUCAAGACAAUAAUAAUAAUAAUAAUUAUAAUAAUGACAAUGGCGAUAAUAAUAUGGAAGAGGAAGAACACUACAAAGAGGGUGAAGAACAACAAAAUAAUGAAGAAGAAAGAAAAGAAGAGAACACUGAAAGUGAAGAGCGAAAUGACACGACAGAAGAAGAGGAAAACAAUAAACAAGAAGAUGAAGAAGGUUCUGAAUUACAUAAUGAUGCUUCACUCGACAAUGGAGAGAGUUGGUAUGAUGAGGAAGUACGUCCACAAGAGAAUGAUCCCGAGACAAGUUACAAAAACUUUGACGGAGUUAAUGCGACGGAUGAAAUCGGACAAAGUCAGGCAGAGCAUCAAAAGGUCGACAACACCAAUAACGAGCCUAUUGAAAUAUCAGACGACUGA